CCAACCGCGAGCGAGCUCGGCACCAAGCGUCGUCAUCGUUUCCGGGUGUCGGCGGCAAGCGCCAUGCUCGGCGACUACCUCACCGCGCUGCUCGUCGCGGUGCUCGGAUACAUCUACCCGGUGUACCUGUGCUUCAAGGCGCUGGAGAAGCACAAGCGUAAGCCCGAGGCCCUGCGCGGGUGGUGCAUCUACUGGGUCGUCAUCGCCCUGUACACCGUCGGCGCGCAGAUCGCCGAUCGGUUCGUCUUUUGGCUCCCGAUGUACUGCGAGGCGAAGGUGGCGUUCGUGACGUACCUGUGGCACCCUCGGACGCAGGGCGCCCUCUACAUCUACGACACCUUCGUCGCCCCCUUCCUCGCCAAGCACGAGCCGGACAUCGAUCGACGCAUAGACGAGACGAGGGCGAGCGUCGGCGACGUGGUGGUGCGCAACUCGAGGGGCGCCGUGGAUUUCGUGCGAAAUAAGAUGGCCAACCUGCUGCUUAGCGUGCCGCAGGCGAACGGGGACGGACGCGGGAGCGAGGCGAGGUACAUGGGAGCCAGGAACGCGACGGAGGCGGCGGCGACGGCGUACACCAGGGUCCCUCCGAAACCUCGGUCCGACUGAUUGAUGGAAUCGGGGAAAACCAUUUUUUCAUAGGCAAAAUAACGAAUGCUGUUUCAAA